CAUGUUUAGGCAAAACAACUUUUUGCAAAAUGCGCUAAAUCUACACUUCUUAUGUUAAACUAACUAAAAGUCACGAAAUAGUAGUAUAGUGAAUUAAAUUAAUUGUAUAUAAGAAAGAAUCUUAGUGAAAAGUAUGAAUUAAUUUCGUCGACAAAUUGUUUUUCAUAUCAUAUGA